AUGGGUGAAGCACACACUUCUUAUUCUUCCCUGAAGAAGCUGCUAUUAUUUCUCAAUGGCUCUGUGGUUGUGUCAGGAGUGCUCCUGAUUGGCCUGAGUUCCUGCGUCAACAAAAAUGUUGAAUUGACGAGGGCCCUUGGCCUGUCGGCCACAUACCUCCUUCACUUUGGCUGCCUGUGUUCGGUGAUGGGAUGCAUCACAGUGCUGCUUGGCGUGGCUGGGUGGUACGGAGCCGCCAAAGAGAGCAGACGCGCUCUCUUGUUCUGUUUCCUGUCCCUGAGUAUCAUCGUCUUCAUGGAAAUCACAGUGGCCACGGCCAUCCUCACCUUCUUCCCAAUUGUUCAGAGCAUGGCCUUCGAGCACGUCCUCGAGACCCUGAAGACCAACUACAGAGAAGACAAGCCGGAUGAGUACUCGUUGGAGUGGAGCUCUGCCAUGACGAAGGUUAUUGGUGUGCCCACACUUCCUGCAGCAAUUGGCAUCUCAGGGAUGCAGACGAGCCUAACGUGCUGUGGGGUGAGGAACUACACAGAUUUUUCUGGCUCCUCCUUUGAAACGGCGACAGGCCUCGCCUACCCCCAGAGCUGCUGUAAAGCAAGCAUGAGGGUGCUCUGUGACGGGCGCAACGUGUCUGCCGCCAUCAUCCACCAGAAGGGGUGUUUCCCCAAGCUCAUGAGAAUAACCAAGAUGCAGAGUCACAUCCUGAGUGGGGGCUCGCUGGGUGCCAUGGCAAUACAGCUAACGAGCCUGCCCUGCAUUGACUGGGGGGACGAGUCCUGA